AAAAAAUAACAGUCACAGGUUUUGGUUGACGACGACCACCACGCACGCUCGAUUUGCUCUCAACCACACCACCUACACCAAACUACCAUGGAAGGAUUCAAGCGCUACGUUGAGGUUGGACGCAUUGCUCUUGUCAACAAGGGUGCCUACAAGGGCAAGCUUGCCGUGAUUGUCGACAUUGUUGACCACAAGAGAGCCGUUUUCGACUCUCCUUGCCCUAACUUCCCUCGCCAAGUUAUCAGCUAUGGUGAUGUUAUUCUCACCUCCAUUGUUAUGGACCUUCCUCGCGGUGCUCGUACUGGUGUCGUUGCUAAGAAGUGGAAGGCUCAAGAAAUCUGCAAGAAGUGGGAGUCCUCCGCUUGGGCCAAGAAGCUUGAGACCCAAAAGGUUCGCAGUCAACUUAGCGACUUUGACCGCUUCGCUGUCAUGCGUCUCAAGAAGCAACGCCGCAACGAGGUUCGUGUUGCUCUUGCCAAGGCUUAGAUUUUAUAGUCUAUGAAUCUUGUAGGUCAACUGGUAGUGAACUGAAUGGGGGUAAUGUGUGUGUUUGCUGCUUCUGUUGGGGGGUAAUUGCUUUUGUGGUAGUUUUCGUUUCGUUUUUUACGGUCGGAAUCCGAUAUGUUGGCUGAACUUGCCAGUACGGCAAACUUCCUUGCAUUCUGGUCAUCAAAAUGUAGCAACGAUGCAAUGGUACGUGGUCCCGGAAGCCACUGGAGCUCUCUUUUACUGCGAGAGUUCUUGUCCGUCGAAGACGUCUUUGCGAACUUAGUUUAGCAAGUUUUACUACUUUGUGUAAUAAGUAUUCAUCAAGUAUUCAUAAAUGUGUUCAAAGGUAUAACAUAGAUAUCAUUUAUAUUAACAAAAAACAUAACAUAAUGAAAACGGAAAGUGUUUACUUUACUCAUUACUCAUCGUUCAUAAGCCAGUUUUCAACCAAUAUAGACUCCGUAUUUGGUGAAUUCCUUAUCAGCCUUCAGUCUUUCCAUGUCUUCGUUUCUUAGGCAGAUUGAAACUGGAAUUUCUCCAUUUGCCCCACGAUGUAAGAAAUACACCAGUCCUUCGACCGGGAUACACUGUGGAAAUCUCUCAACUUCUGGUGUUCCCAAACCAAAAUUAAAGUCAAGGUCGAAGCUUUUCAUUUUCGCCCAUGAACUAAGCAUCACAGUUUCAGUUGCGUCAAGGUUGGCACUGUAUGAAACCGUGCUUUUAUCCUGCAGACCAUCAAGGUAAGUCCCAAGUAUUAGCGUUUGGCGCGCCAAUUCAGAUGGCUUUAUAGCUGAACGAAGUCGCGACGCGAUACUACCUACCGGAGCCUUCACAACACUUUCAGCUUUCCAACUGCAAUACGUUUGGUGCAGGGCAUUUCCGAGAUAGUCAGGGUGGAUGCCAAGAUAGUCUCGAACAUUAACGCAGCGAACCAGACUUAAUUCAGUUGAAGGGUUCAAACGGGGGAAACGAGCACGAAUGAUGGCCCGAAAUACAAAUGCAGUCAGUGAAUCAUCAGUAGAAACAAAACUUGUAGACUCUGAGAUGCUUUCAGAAGCAAGUGCCUUUAGGGCAUCAAGGGAAUCGCGUUCAAAAAGAAAGCACUUCCAAGUGCUUGGAACGUACUUUAAGAGUGCUUCUCCGACUGACUCUUUGAAUGAUCGCUUAACCUUGGUAAGUUGAUUAACGAGUUCGACUUCUGGGUCAAAAGGUUCAGUCACUUUUUGGAAAACGGUUUGACGAUCCAAGUUACCGAUUCUCAGUUCCUCGCUUGAGAACGGUUCGUUGUGACAAGCCUUUGAAAGCAAAUGCAUAACCUUCGUUUCUCCAGUCAUGUCCAUUACACUAUGAUGGCCGAUACAUGUGAGCAAAAGACCUCCGUUUAUGAAAUUCAUCUGCACAGAAAAGACAGGAUCCGAGUCCGUGUCUGGGUCGUUUCCAUCUCUCAAAUGAGGGAGGAAACUGUAUGGUGCAACAACCUUCUCCUUAAUAGAAGCCAUGGGAAAUCUAGUUUUCCGAAAUUCAUCCAUGGUUGGCACCGAAGGAUCAUCUCUCAAAUCCUUAAUAAUAAGCGGGAUUUUACCUAUAAGCUUGAUUUUUCUUAUUCCCGUGCAGUUUUCAUUAACACCUUCGAUAAUGACCUUUCCUGCGAUCCAAGGGAAGGCUGCAGAGAGUCGUUGUAGACCAUCUUUCAUGGUCUGUACCAUUAACGGAUACGAAGAAGGAUCCUUCACUUCGUAGAAUAGACACAAUGGAACACAUAUUGUUAAGGGGAAUUGCCCGAAAAUAUCCAACAAGACCGACAUUCUUACUGAGCUUAAAACUAAAUAGCCGGCACCCUUUCGUAUACAGAUAAACUUCUUUACAGGCAACUUAGAAUGCGUUUCUGAACCUUAUAUAACCUUGAUCAGGUGUUUGCAACACACGUCUUGUCACUGUACCAUCUCCCUGGAAUGCAAAAACUGCUCAGAAAGCGACAAAGCAAGUAAAUAGUUUCGCUUAAAUAAACCUUAAAAAUCGUUUUUGGCAGGAAAGUAUCGCAUUGUAUGUACUGCACAUGUUCAAGGUGAACCAUCGUUCAAAACUAUAUCAUAGUAUACUCCCGACCCAUGGGACCCUUAAGUGCUUAGUAAGUAGGAAAGCGCUUAGUAAGUUGGCGUUAGCGAAUUUUUGUCGGCCCGUUAUUUCCUAUUAGUCAAAGCAUUUGUUUUCGGCUUCCGACAAAACCGUAAUCUCCGAGGCGGUCACAAGCAAGUAUGUGAAUAACAAUUGUAUAUGUAUAAAAAGAAUUGUAUUUCGGCUGCAAUUCAUUGUAAGCAGCACUG